AUGUUGGACUACUCAAAUGCUUGUCACGGGUUAAUCAUUGUUUCUUGUUUCAGGCAGCGUCUCAUUCGCCUUCAUCUGUCGCCGUCUACGCCCGGUGUGUCACAAUUUCUUCGAACAUCAUGCGAGAACUCGUUCUGCCUCGCAGAUCUGAUCCCACAAAUCACCGAAACUUACCCCAAUCACACACUCGAGCUCUCUCUCGCUUCCACUCGAGCACCAGCCGUUUUGUUCUCUGAGAAGAAAGGAGGCGUGAUCUCGGUCAGUUUGGGCGGAGUGGUGGUCGUGUUCGUCUUUGAUGGCGUUCGUCGAAAACAGGCCGCUGUACUCGAUGCCGAAAUAGUUGCUGACGCUAAACUGAAUUUACAGGCUCGUUUGGAUCUACAGUUCACGUCCUAG